ACCCACACACUUCUGCGAGGAGAGGAGUCAUUUCUUGGUUCUCGAUUGGCCCUCUCAUGUCAGGCAGAAACUGUAACGGCUACAGUGGCACCUCAGUUCUUCUGUACAGAACUGGCUGAGCUGAGCGGGCACUUAUGAAUCUUAUGAGUGCACCCUGCUGGCUGAUUAUACUGUCGCCUCUGCAUGGCUCCGAUUAUCUUCACGGAAGCUGCAGCGUGGCCUGCUAACCUGGGUGAUUUGCCGGGCUCCAUGGUUUUUAUGGACGGUUUGAGUCCCGGCGUCGACGAGGCGAACGGCUGGAGCGGACGAGGCGUGGAGAACGGCGGGCUUUACGGCAGCGUCGCUGGAAAGGCCCAGCCUGACACUAGCUUUCCGUCGGACGAGCUCCAUAUGGCUCCACAGAUGCAUGUCAGCGACAAUCACACCCAGAACGCUUUUGGACUUCAGCAGUCGUCUCCUUUUCACGAGGACGGACUUUCGGACGGAUUGCUGACUGACGUGGCGAUUCCCAACCCCGCCUGGACGGACCCUGCUCUCUGUUUCGCGGAUGACUUAUUUCCGUCUACCACGGGCCGUGCCGGCGCGCAAUACGACUUGCUUCAGUCUGACAUCCUUCAUAACCACGGCCGUGCUGCUGCCACGAAUUUGCCGUUGAAAGGCGUCACUCAGCUUCCAGCGCACCCCGAGCUUGCGGAGAAGGAAGCAAGAGUUCAGAACCAAGGGCCAAGUAAAAAGACUCGACCUGGCGCUUCCGUUGCUGCAGCUGCUCCUGCUGCUCCUACGGCGCCAGCUGCGCCUGCGGCGACGGUCGGGUGGAAUCUGGAUCUCCUGAGCGCUCCUCUCAGCUCAACUCUCCGAAAGACUUCGUUCGCUUCUGGAGGGGCGGCGUCAGACAAUGGUCCUGACGCGAAACGCGCUCCCGUUGGCGAUGCGCUCGUCAUGCGGCCGUCUCAACGCGAUUCGUCGGGGCUAGAAGCCGUUAAUCGUCGCGACGAUAGCCGUCUCGCCUCGAACGAUUCCCUGGCGAACACUAGAAGCGAGUUACAUGUCGCUGAAGCUGUCGUUGAAGCGCGCGCGAAGAAGCUGCACGCCGAAGGGUUGUCGCGCGGGUCGCAGACCAACUCGCCCAGUCGCUCUGUCGUCUCGUCGAUUUGCGAGAGCGAGGUUCGCGGCGGGGAUUCCGUUAGGUGCCAGAAAUUCCCGCGUUGCCGAUGUAACGAAGCUCCCGAAGCUCCGCGGCGCGAAACGGAGUCGCAGUCUUUGCAGGGGACCGCAUCGCAGAGCGUCGCCAGUGCGACGAAGAACGACGGAUCCCGGUCGCAUGCGAGCAGCGGCAGCGCAAAGAGCGGAGAGGAGGAACAGCGCAAGCAGCAGCAGCAGAUGCAGGCUCAGGGCGCUCAGAGGCCUCAGCCACCGAGAGUGGUGAAGCCGGCGGAUCUGACGCAGCGUCUAGCGAGUGCGUUCCGAAUGCAGGCGCAGAAAUCGCGCGCUAAGAAGGCCGCACAGGCGCAGGCGCUCGCGCAAGGUCAGGCGCAAGAGCAAGGGCAGGCGCAAGCCUUGGUGCAAGCGCGGAAUCUAGCCGCGCAGGUCCAAGGGCAGGCGCUUCCCGCGUUGGCGACGCAGCAGCAGCGAUUGCUGGCGCAGUCGCUGUCUCUGGUGCAGCCCUUGGUGCCUCGCGCAACCGACCAGCAGCAGCAGCAGCAGCAGCAGCAGCAACAGGUGGUGUUACGGCAGCCAGUGCCGCAGCAGAUGGCGGUGGGGGGAACGGAACAGGCACGCGAGCUGCAGCGGCUGCUGCAGCAGAGGAUGGGUCAGGCUGCAGGGCAGAGCAGAGGGGGUGCGUCCGCACAGCUGCUGCAGCAGCAGCAGCAGCAGCGCGCUUUGCUAGAACACCUGCAGCUGCUGCAGCAGCAACAAGUGCAGAAGCAGCAGCAGCAGCAGCAUGAUGCGGCAGGUAAGCGCCCCCUGGUGGACUCCCAGUUCGGUCGCGAGUUCGAGUUCGAGAGCAUGCGAGCCAUGCGCGCCGCAGAGAGCCACGCCUUGGAGCACGCGCUCACCGCCGCCGACCGACUGGCUGCUGCUGGCAAUGCCGAUACAGUCGCUGGGGCUUCCGCUGGCGUGGCUGCUCAGCCAUCCCCAGCAGGAGCUACCGAAACCGCGGCAGGUGCGGUGAGAGAAACGCAGGGCGUCGGUGCUAGACGUGGUGGGGUUAUCCCAGGAGGGGGGUUACUGGCGGGUGGUCGGGAGGGCGCGGGCGCAGCAGCGUCGUUCCUGGCGGCGGCGGGGCGGGUGGCGGAGGCGGGGGCGAUGGACGGGGUGGUGCGGAUGACGGGGGGCACGGCGGGGUCGGCGCUGGCGACGGACCUGGACAUGGUGGCGCAGGUGCGCCUCAGAAUGGACCCCUCGCUGCUCGCGUCCCUCGAUGCCAUGCGCUCGCACUCGCACUCGCAGCACCGGGAGCAGCUGCAUGGCUUUCAACAGGGGCAGCAGGGGCAACAGGGGCAGCAGGGGCAGCAGGUGCAACAAGUGCAGAUGCAGCAGUUGCAGCAGGUGCUGCAGAUGCAGGCAGGUAGGGCAGGAGGCGGGGCAGGAGGCCUGCCAUCUGUAACCGUAAACCCGGGCCUGGAGCAAUACCUCGCUGCUGCCAGGAAGCUUCCUCUGGACCAGAGCCUCCCAAUCUGGGAGGCCCUCCGGGCAGCAUCGGCGCAGCAAGUGCCGCCCAAUUUCCCCACGCCUCCCAUGGUCACUCCCAUCACGCCCAUCACGCCCAUCACGCCCAUCAUGCCCAUCCCGGCGUCCCCCAGCGUCUUCGGGUGCACAGAGGACGUGCGCGCGGUGCACGCGCCUGCUGCGUCGGACGCGGAGCUGCGAGCGCGGCUGCUGAAGCUGGCGGAGGCAGUGGCCACGAGCGAUCAGGGCGAGAUGGCGGCGCUCACGCGGCUGCUGCACGCGGACGCCACGCCCCACGGCACGCCCAUGCAGCGCGUGGUGCACUACCUGCUGGGCGCGCUGGGGAAGCGCGUGUCGGGCAGCCUUGGGGAGGAGUACGUGGUGGAGCCCCUGCAGACAGCCGAGGAAGAAGCACUGAUUCUGGCCUUUGCGGCGCGCAACCCAUUGAUGCAGCACUGCUACACCACCAUGGCGUGCGGCAUCUUCGACGCGGUGGAGAGCGAGCCCCUCGUGCACAUCGUCGACUUCGCCAUGUGGGGCGGCCAGUGGCCCGUCGUCAUCCGCCAGCUGGCGGCCGCUGCCGCCCGGCGGCGACGAGAGAGCUGCACCAGCGGCUGCACUACCAGCGGCGCAGCUGAUGCCAGUGGCGCCAGCAACGGCAGCAGCAGCAGCAACGGGCGCAGCACAGCAGGGAACAGCAGCAACCCCGCCGGCCUCUGCAGCACGUGCUCUGGGCCUCUCCCUCUCCACAUCCGGUACACGGCAGUGGAGCCCCCGCCUGGGCACCCCUGGGGCGCGGGGCCCAAGAUCCCCAUCCCCUUCCUGCAGGCGGAGGUCAGCGGGGCGGCGGCGCAGUGCGGCGUGGCGCUCUCCUUCCACCGCGUGGAGGCGCGCCCCGAGACGCUCAGACCCGCUGUGCUGGGCAUCGAGCGCGGCGAGGCCGUGGUGGUGAACUGCGCGGGGCGCCUGGCCAACCUGGCAGAUUCCACAGUGCUGCGAUCCAGCCCCAAGGACACUGCGCUCUCGACCAUCCUGCAGCUGGCGCCCAAGGUACUAACCAUAGUGGAGUGGGACGCCAACCACCGCCAGCCCUUCUUCCUGCACCGCUUCCGCGACUGCCUCGACUUCUUCGCCAACGUCUUCCACUCCCACGAGCACCUCGCCUCGCGUGCCGCCUUCGGCCGCCGCGGGUUCGAGGAGCGCGUGCUGGCCCGAGAGAUGAUCAACCUGGUGGCGUGCGAGGGGCUGCAAAGAGUGGUGCGGGCGGAGACUCUCGACCAAUUGCAGGAGAGGAUGAGGCGGAUUGGGUUUGCUGCCAUGCCGUUUUCACAGAGGACUAUGGCGGCGUUGGGGCAGAUGCUGGCGCCGUAUUCCAAGGGGUUUUCGGUGGCGAGUCAUCCCAUGGGGGGGGUGCAGUUGCUGUGGCAGGGCAAGUCGAUGCUUGGUGCGUCCUUUUGGCAUCCAGCGAUGGAGGCAAACCAGACUAGCUUGAGCAGGGGUCAGAUGCGUCAUGGGAAUGGACUUGCUAGUAACUUCGGAGCUUUGUGAAUCUUGGCGUGAGGAUUUACACUGACUAGUUAUUGAAAAGGUGUACAUUUGCUGCUAGCGUACUGUUUUUAGGUAUUAACUUAAACCUGAACCUUAA